GUCUUUCCUAGUUUGUUGUCUCCCUCAAUGUUUAAUUCAUUGUGAAAAUCAGUGAUUUGUUUAUUGGAUUGGGCCGCACGACCAUGUCAAAAUCCUAGUAAGACUGGCAUGUAUUUAAGAAGAUUAUAUGGAGAAAAGGUUGUAGAAGAAAAACAAAAAAUAUUCUUAAACCAGAUAUGUCACCAAACACAAGUUCAGAGAGUGCUACACCCUUGUUUGAGUCUAGUGAUCACCAUCACAACGAGGAAGAAGAAGAAGAAGAAGAAACAAAUAGAGGGUGUUGUAAGAAUGUGUUGGAUGUGGUAGAGGCCAAGACCCAAUUAUUGUUUUCCCUACCAAUGAUUCUCACCAAUGUUUUCUGCUACUUAAUAACCUUAAUAUCUGUCAUGUUCGCCGGCCACCUUGGUGAGCUCGAGCUUGCCGGUGCAACUCUUGCAAACUCGUGGGCAGUUGUCACAGGCCUCGCUGUCAUGAUUGGGUUAAGUGGAUCACUUGAGACACUUUGUGGGCAAGGAUUUGGAGCAAAAGUAUACAGACUGUUGGGGAUUUAUCUACAAGCUUCUUGUAUCAUAUCCUUCCUCUUCUCUAUCAUCAUAGCCAUUAUCUGGUUCUAUACAGAGCCUAUACUAAUCUUACUUCAUCAAGAAACUGAGAUUGCUAAGACGGCCGCUCACUAUAUAAGGUUUCUCAUUCCUGGAUUAUUUGCAUAUGGCUUCCUGCAAAACAUCUUGAGGUUUCUUCAGACACAAUCUAUUUUGUGGCCCCUGGCCAUAUUCACAGGUCUACCAUUGGUUAUUCAUUCUGGCAUUGCAUAUGCUUUAGUACACUGGACAUCUCUCAGUUUUGUGGGAGCUCCAUUGGCAGCUUCAGUUUCAUUAUGGCUAUCAGUCCUUAUGUUGGCCAUGUAUGUGACUUGUACAAAGAAAUUUGAGCAUACAUGGGGGGGAUUUUCAUUGGAAUCAUUCCAAUACAUUCUUCCAAGCUUGAAACUAGCCCUUCUCUCUGCAGCAAUGGUAUGUUUGGAGUACUGGGCUUUCGAGAUUUUGGUUCUCUUAGCGGGAUUGUUGCAAAACUCAGAAACAACCACUUCAUUGAUUGCUAUGUGCGUGAAUACAGAAGCUAUCGCUUUCAUGCUCUCAUAUGGUCUCAGUGCUGCUGCAAGCACAAGAGUGUCAAAUGAGUUGGGAGCAGGCCAUCCCAACUGGGCAAAGAAUGCCAUAGGUGUGAGUCUAAAGCUCUCCCUCCUUGUUGGGGUCACACUUGUUUUGGCUAUUGCAUUUGGUCACAAUAUAUGGGCUAGUUUCUUCAGUGAUAGCUCUGAAAUCAUUAAGGAAUUUGCUUCAAUGACUCCUCUGCUUGCAAUUUCAAUAUUCAUUGAUUCAGUGCAAGCUGUCAUUUCAGGGGUGGCCAGAGGAUAUGGUUGGCAGCACUUGGCUGUUUAUGUUAACUUGGCGACCUUCUAUAUCAUUGGUUUACCAAUUGCAUGCGGCCUUGGAUUUAAGACGAAUCUGCAAGCUAAGGGUUUGUGGAUUGGCUUGAUCUGUGGCCUCUCCAGCCAAGCUGUUGCCCUCUUUUUAAUUACACUGCGAACCAAAUGGGCUAAACUAAGCCUCCCCGAGAAAGAUAAUAGAGAAAACCCAGUUUUGGUUUAAUUGAAUGACAAGCUGCGGAAAAGAGAUGAACAACAUGGCCUGCUUGGGUGAACUAGGCUGGGUUUGGAUAGCACUGAAAAGAAAAACCCAACGCGCCUGCUUUUUUUUUAUGGGUCUCGUGCACUAUUCAUGAGACUUGCAAGUACGGAUUUUAGCAAAUUUUACUUUAAAAUUGGGUCUUACAGCACUAUUCAUAUAUUUAAAAUUUAUUUUGCUAUA